ACUUGCUCGUGCAGGGAGCGUGUUCGGCGUUCACUUCACCUCCCACAUGUAACGUGGCAGACAGCGAUGGCAAAGCUCCUCAACAAGUGAAGCGUGUUGUCUUCAGUUCCCCGAACAAUCGCAGCAUGGUUGCGGUGAGCGCGGAGAGCCCCGUGGAUCAGUACCGGACGCUGGCGUACGACACCGCGCUCAGUACUUUACUCGCUGUGCUGGUGUACGUGGUGGUGAAGGUGAGCCUGGACGGGAUCCGCCAGUGGCGGGCUCGGAUCUCGGUUCUGAUCGUGGGCUCGGGUCCGAUCGGGCUGACCGCGGCUCUGGUCGCUGUCCGCUCCGGCAAGGUGCUGAAACUGACGCUCCUGGAUGAGCGCUACCGGAGCGCGCUGCUCUGCAGACCGCAGCAGAUCGCACUGGACCCCCGCAGCGUCCGCUUCCUCCUGGACCUGGGGGUGGAUUUUGACAACAUGGAAGGCUGCUGGCACAACGAGCACUUCUUCACCAAAAUCGGAGUGUUUCAGGAGUAUUUGUUGAGCAUCCUGGAGCAGAAGAAGCAAAAGGUUGACGUGAAAGUCCAUUUGGGUACAAAGUUUAGCGAGGAGUACCUGAGGAAGAUGCCGAGGGGUGAAUGGCCGCGGGUGAUUGUAGUUGCUGACGGUUCGUGUGGAGACUCCUGCUCUGUGCUGGGCAUCAGCGCUGAUUACAUCGUGGAAUCAUGUCGCGCUUAUGGCGCCAAUGCUACAAUAGAAAGACCGGACCAGAGACAGGUUCCUACACCAGAGAUCCGUGCACAUAGUUUGUACUUUGAUCUGUCUGCGUACGGGAUCGACACUGUGAGGGAAUCACGCAGCUCCUCUCAGCCGGCAGCGAAGCCUGGAUUCCACCUGAAGAUCUACGGGACGUUCCGGAACCGCUGCAUGGCUCUGGCCUGCACUUCCGACGCAGACUCCAAAAUGAUGCAUUUCCUGCGCCACACACGGCCAACUCUUCAGUAA